GCUCGAAAACACUCGGAAACGUAUUUCCGUAAUGCCGUAGCUGAACAGAUUUUGGUGGAACCUAAUCUCGGAUCGAAGUGGCGGUGAAACAUGACGCGAUGCAUCUGCUCCCUGAGAAAAACAUGACCCUGGACAAAACGAGCCACCGUUGGCGCACUUGGCCGAAAUUGGCCAUUGCACUGCUCGUGGCUUAUGCAUUGUGGCUCUUCUUCCAGAACAGAUCGGCUCAGUCGUAUGAUAAGAGGGAGUUCGAGCCGCUCCUCGUCCAGGAUACGUAUUAUGAGAAUGAUGUGAUUGCCGGACAUUCUGUCCCGACCGAACUAUGCACGCACUGGAAAUGCGUAGACGUACACCGUUGCGGCAAAACCGCCGAAAGGAUCACCGCAUACAUUUACCCCAUCACCAGAUAUGUGGACGAGGACGGUAAUCAAGUCGUGCCGGAGACCAGCGUUGAAUAUAUGCGAAUGCUGGAGUGGUUGAGGAAAUCGCAUUACUUCGUGACCGAUCCCAACGAUGCCUGUUUACUCGUACCGAGCGUCGAUACUCUGGGAGUGCAGCACCCGAUGACUCCGGACGUAUUGAACUCGCUGCCGUUUUGGGGGGAUGGCUCCAAUCACCUCGUCUUCAACCAGCUCCAGAGCACGCCACGAACAGGGAGGGCGAUUCACGUAUCGGCUGCUCUCACAGAUCAGACAUACCGACCCGGAUUCGAUGUCAGUAUACCGAUACUGCCCUUCUCCGCCUACCGGAUAAAGGAUAAGGGAGACAAACUGAGAUUCAGCAGAGCGUGGUCUCUGGCGAUUCCGCGCUGGGCGGAGCUCCCCGAUUGGGCGGAAAAACUUGUUCUCAAUCUGGCCAAAAGCUCUCCGGGAGUGACUCUGCUCGAGCCCUGCACGAAGCGACGCGGCAAACGCUGCGCCUAUACAACGUUCUCGAUGGCGGAACCGCAGAAAAAUGUCCUAAUGGACUAUCCGAAAGCUCUCGAGAAUUCGGACUUCUGCCUGAUCUUCAGCGGUGUAGGUGUCGAGUCGGCGUUGACAUUCACCGAAGCUGUCAGCGCAGGGUGCAUACCGGUGCUCAUCCACAAUGAAGACCGCAUGAUCCUGCCGUUUCCCGAGCGAAUCGAUUGGCUGGAGCUCGCGGUCAACUUCAACCUCGAGCGGCGGCCAGAAAUCGUCAAGCAUCUCGAGAAGUUCAGCGCUGCAGAAAUUCGCUUCCGCCGCGAAAAGCUCGUUUCCGUCUUCGAACGGUACAUGAGCUCGCCGGCCGUCGUGAUGUCGACAGCGAUGGAAAUUCUCAAUGAGCGGCUCUUCGCUCAACGAUCGGGGCAAACGUACGCUUCCGACAGUAUUCCGCGAUUCGCUCAGAAAAGUCGAGGCUUCACCGCCGUCAUCCUCACCUACAAUCGUCUAGAGUCCUUGAGAAAAUUGAUCAGUCUGCUACAGAGCGUGCCGUCACUGGCGAAGAUCUUAGUGGUGUGGAACAAUCCGAACGUCGAACCGCCAUCCCCUCUGAUGAAAACGACAAAAUCCCUCGUCGUCGUCAAGUCGAAGGAGAACAAGUUGACCAACAGAUUCUAUCCGUACAAGGAGAUAGGAACCGAAGCCGUCCUGUCACUCGAUGACGACAUCUUGAUGCUGACCUCAGACGAGUUGGAGUUCGCGUUCCAGGUCUGGUGUGAGAACGCAGACCGAAUCGUGGGAUUCCCCUCGAGGCUCCAUGUCUGGAACAAUCAAACGAAACGGUGGCAUUACGAGUCGGAAUGGCUGAACGACAUCAGCAUGGUUCUGACCGGAGCUGCGAUCUACCAUGUAAACUAUGGACGACAUUUCUUCGAGCUCGACAAGAGCCUCCGCGAUUACGUGGAUACUAAAUUCAAUUGUGAAGAUAUUCUUAUGAAUUUCCUCGUAGCAAACUUGACGGACGGCGCACCACCCGUGAAAGUGGCUCCACGCAAAAAAUUCAAACCCGACACGCCUUCAACGGCAGCGAACUCGUUGUCGGCAAGCUUGGAUCACAUGAAAGCACGCUCGGAUUGCAUCAACAAAUUUGUGGAAGCUUUCGGCGGAAUGCCUCUCGGAAUUUCACAAUGCAGAGCUGAUCCCGUAUUAUUCAAAGAUAAUUUACCUCUAAGACUUAAGCGAUUCAAUCAGAUUGGUGUAUUUGGCGCAUCGAGCGGUAACCUGACGUGGUGCACAGUCAGCGACUCCGAGCAAUUGAAAUGCACAGAAUUCGCCGAGGCAGUGAGAACGUCGCAACGGCUUCACGUUGAACUUCUGUGCGCUCAAGCACCGUCCAAAGAUCAAUGCAUGAACUUCCUGGACAACCAGAAGGUCGAUCUAGUCGAGUUGGAUCCAGGAGAGAUGUAUUCCGGCGGAGGACUGCAUUCAGUCAUACCGCUCUUGAGCGAGCUCUACGGACCCGAGGAGCAACCCGGUUUCUAUUCCGUGGCCGUGGUGCAUGAAUACUCCAACAUAAGCGACUUGCACCAUCUCAGAGGACGACGGGUGUGUUUCUCAUCGGUGGGUGACAUGGCGGGCUGGGUUGUGCCCAUGGCCCAUCUUAUCGACAAUGGAAUUGUUGAAGUGAAUGACUGCAACAACCUCGUGAAAAGUGCUUCGCAGUUUUUCGGGCCGAGCUGUGCUCCGAAUUCUCUUCUGGACAAACACAAUCCCACUGGGGACAAUCCUCAAAAGAUGUGCGAUAUCUGCGCGGGGCGAGCCGCGGAUCGAUGCUCUGGGAACGAUCCUUACGCAAACUACGACGGUGCUUUCCGAUGUUUGGAGAAAGACGGCGAAGUCGCUUUCCUCAAGCACACCACAAUUCACGAAGCCACCGCCGACAAUCCCUCGAGAAAGUUCAAGUACCGCCUGCUGUGUCCUGAUGGUCGCAUCGAGUCCGUGGAUCGUCACGAUCAAUGUAACUGGGGUUUCGUUCCGCCGAAUGUGAUCGCAACCACAUCAGAAACACCGGAGGAUCGUCGCCGUCUGAUUCAAGAUUUUGUCAUUGAUUCUUUGCGGCUGUUCGGGAAAUUUCCGUCCAAAGAGGUGGAUGUCUCAAACACUGGAUACAACACAAAUAACCCGACAAGCAACCACGACUUCGGCAGCCAAUUGGAUUCCAACCGCUUCGGUUCCAACAAUAACAACAAUUUUUACCAAUCGAUAAACUCCUCCGAGUUCCGACCUCCUUGGGAGACGCCGAUGUCUCAGACUUUCAACAUAUUCAAUAAGUAUGGAAACGGCUCGAAUCUCCUCAUCCAAGACCGGACCUCACGUUUCGUUCGCUUGAACGGGCAGAAACAAACCUACGCCGGCUUCUUGGGACCACACCUAGAGGUGUUCAGUCAACUGGGGAAAUGUCCAGUGCCGUCGGCGGGUUUCUGCGUGACUUCGACGCAGGAGUUCGAGAAAUGUCAACAGAUGAGGGCUGCUUUCAGGGCGCAAAAUCUCAAGCCAGACAUACACUGUGUUCUCGCCCCGACCCAGCUUGUAUGUAUGCACAUGAUACAUCAGGGCAAUGCUGAUCUCGCCAUGUUCGAGGCAGGGGACAUCUACAGAGCAGGGCAAAGGUUCGGGCUCCGACCCAUCCUCGCCGAGCAAUACAACCUCGAUGAGCCAUCGUACUAUGCGGUCGGCGUAGCUCAGCAAAAAGACAAGGACACUGAUCUCUUGUAUCUCAAAGGCAAGCGCGUCUGCAGCGGUGGGAUGUUCACAGCCGCGGGCUAUGUCAUACCUCUCGCGUUCCUACUCACCAACGAUCGCAUGAGGUCGUACGGCUGCGACUCGGCGAGAGCAAUGUCGGAGUUUUUCAGCAAAGGCUGCGUGCCCGGUGCCCUCAACGAAGAAUUCGCCACACCCUACUCUACAGACUACAAGUCUUAUCGAAAUUUGUGCGAUUUGUGCCACGGCGAAAGUCGCAACUACUGCAGCAGGGACGCCUCAGAGCAGUUCUAUGGACACUCGGGCGCUUUUCGAUGUCUCGUUGAGGGCGGAGGUGAAGUAGCUUUCGUCAAGCAUACGACAAUCUUCGAGAAUACGGCCGGACGAAAUCCGCUUAUGUGGGCGAGGAACGUCGCUCCGGAAGAUUUCGAACUUCUCUGCAGAGACGGCAGUCGACAAACUUCCGACAAAUACAGAGAGUGUAACCUGGGGAAAGUGGCCGCGAACGCGAUGAUGACUUCUCGCCAUAAAAUUCAGCAAGAAAUGGAUGCUUACGUGGCUCUUUUCGUUUAUGCGCAGCAGUUCUACGGGUCAAAAUACAGCGAGGAGUUCACGUUCAAGAUGUUCGUGUCCACCUUCGAACAUCGGGAUUUAAUUUUCCAGGAUUCAACGCAGCAGCUUCGCCCAGUCCCAGAAAAUAAGAGGAACUAUCGUCGCUACUUGGGUCUAGACUUCCUGAGCGCGAUGCGGCUGGUAGAUUGCAACGUAGCCAACGCCGGACACUCGAUAUUCAGCCCUAGCUCGCUCCUGAUCGGACUCUUGAUAUAUGUCUCUCUUUUGAAACUCUAAAACAUCAUGCCAUGCUGUAAAUACGAGCAAAAUAUCAUAGCGCAGUUUCGGAGAACCGGAUUACGAAGAUUGGGGAAUCGAGAAAAGAUCGGCGCCCGGGGGGCGGGGAGUUGAAGAGCUCGAGCGGGACAGAAGUUUUACUCCCAAGUGUGCCCAUUGUACAGGAGAAGUCUAUCUAUUUUUUCUACGACAAAAACUUAGGCAGCUAGGUGAAGUGAAAAUACAUAUUGAUGUGAAUGAAUCCACAGCGGCGGCAUAAAGCCUACCUCGUUCACGAAGCCGAAAUACACAUUCCCUCAUCCGAGGUCCCGAUGAGAUUUCCACGCGUGUCUGGGUCACCUCAUGAUAGAAGAUCGUUCAGAGAGGCGAGUUUGGACCGUGAGGACCACAAAAACCGUCAGAUGAGGUCUCGCUCUGGUCAGCACAACAAUAGUACGCGGGAAACUCCAGCCUCGGGAAUAGCAUUCCGUCGCCUCCGCUGAGGAUCUGUGUAGGUU